AGAUAAGAAAUGAUUUCCAAAUUUCUAAAUUAACAAUAAAAUAAAAAAAAUAAAAUAAAAAAACAGUCCAAUUAAUUGUGAGAACCAUAGAACCGCGGGUAAUUAAAUAUACCUCACGCAACGAAUCGUUUAAUCUGCAAUAGGUGAACGUGAGGAGAGUGAUACAGGAGAACUUUGUAACAGCACUAAUGUUUAUAAUUCUCACGCUGAAAUAUUAACAAGUUAAUACAUUAUUAAGAUUAUAAGUGUCAAUGAAACUUUAUAUACAUUAAAGUAUAUAACCAAAAAUGAAGUUUGCAGAACAUCUAUCUGCCCAUAUUACGCCUGAGUGGCGUAAGCAGUAUAUUAGUUAUGAGGAAAUGAAAGCAAUGCUUUAUACUGCAGUGGAGGAGGCACCUUCUUCGGAAAGCGUAGAACCAGAAGUGAUACAAAGGCACUUUGCUUCCUUCGAUGAAGUAUUUUUCACAUUUUGUGAUCGUGAAUUAAAAAAAAUUAAUACUUUUUAUUCUGAAAAGUUAGCAGAAGCAACACGUAAAUAUGCAGCAUUACAAAAUGAAUUGAAAACUGCUUUAGAAUUGCAACAUGGCAGUGGCAAAAACAAAGGAAAACCUAAUACCAAACCUCAUCUACCUACAAGAAAAUUACGAGAAUUGAAACUUGCAUUUUCAGAGUUCUAUCUUUCCCUCAUACUUUUACAAAACUACCAAAAUCUUAAUUAUACUGGGUUUCGUAAAAUUCUUAAAAAGCAUGAUAAGUUAUUGUCUGUGGAUAGUGGUUCAAAGUGGAGAAUAGAAUGUGUAGAAAUAGCACAUUUCUAUACUUCAAAAGAUAUAGAUAAACUUAUACAAGAAACAGAGGCAACUGUGACAAAUGAUCUUGAAGGUGGAGAUAGGCAACGUGCUAUGAAAAGACUUCGUGUGCCACCUCUAGGAGAACAUCAGAGCCCAUGGACUACUUUUAAAGUGGGAUUAUUUUCUGGAAGCUUUAUAAUUCUAUUUAUAGCAGUUGUUCUCUCAGCAAUAUUCCAUGAGAGUGGAGAAAAUUUGAAAGUAGCUUUUCGUUUGUACAGAGGGCCAUUGCUUAUCAUUCAGUUUUUAUUUCUCAUUGGUGUUAAUGUUUAUGGUUGGAGAUCUUCGGGGGUAAAUCAUGUUUUAAUAUUUGAAUUGGAUCCACGAAAUCAUCUCUCUGAACAACAUCUUAUGGAAUUGUCUGCAGUACUUGGAGUAGUAUGGACAUUAAGUCUAUUAAGUUUCCUUUAUAGUGCUAGUCUUAGUAUUCCACCAUAUGUAAAUCCUUUAGCUCUUGUCUGUCUUAUGCUGGCAUUUUUUCUGAAUCCAUUCAAGAUCUUUCGUCAUGAAGCACGUUUUUGGUUACUCAAAAUCAUUGGUCGUGUUUUAGUUUCUCCAUUUGCAUAUGUUAAUUUCGCAGAUUUUUGGUUAGCCGAUCAGUUAAAUAGUUUGACUACUGCUCUCUUGGACUUCCAUUUUUUAACAUGUUUUUACAUCACGAAUGGUAAUUGGCUCGAAGCAGGGAACACAAAGCAAUGUACAUCAGGAUCUUUGAUCCUCAGACCUAUUGUUAAUUGUUUACCAGCUUGGUUUCGUUUUGCACAAUGUUUACGAAGGUAUCGUGAUUCAAAAGAAGCAUUUCCGCAUUUAGCAAAUGCUGGAAAAUAUUCAACUACCUUUCUAGUUGUUAUAGCUAAUACGUUACAUAAUUAUCAUCAAGAUGAAUAUAGUAAUCAAUGGGAGAAUCCAUGGUUAUGGUCUUGGGUGGCAAGUUGCGUCGUUAAUUCAGUAUAUUCUUAUACAUGGGAUCUUAAGAUGGAUUGGGGUCUUUUGGAUAAUAAUGCUGGUGAAAACCGAUUUUUAAGAGAGGAAGUUGUUUAUUCUGCAGCGGCCUUCUAUUAUUUUGCAAUAAUAGAGGAUUUUGUAUUAAGAUUCAUAUGGGUUGCAAGUUUCAUUUUAAUACAAUGUGGACAUAUUUCCAACGACUUAAUGACAUCUAUAGUUGCACCCCUUGAAGUUUUUAGGCGUUUUAUUUGGAAUUUCUUUCGAUUGGAGAACGAGCAUUUAAAUAAUUGUGGUAAAUUUCGUGCUGUACGCGAUAUUUCCAUAGCACCAAUUGAAAGUUCUGAUCAAAUGCAAAUUCUUCGUAUGAUGGAUGAUGAAAAUGGAGUAUUAAACAGAGGUAAACGUAAAGGUGGUGGUAAAAAGCAAGGAAAUACCAAGGAAGAAAAGAGAGCAUUGCUUAAGGAAACUAUUGAUAUCGAUAUAUCGAAUGCUAGUUGAAAUUAGUAAGUACGAGAUGUAUAGAAAUAUAUGUAUAUUUGUAUAGAAUAUUGUACAUGCAUCUUAGAAUAGAUGGAAUCUUGUAGAGUUUCUUGAAUUAUGGAUGAUUAGACAAUAUUAAUUCAAUUUUGUAUAAAAUGUUAUAUCUGCAGUAUACGUACAUGAACAAAUGACACAGUUGAAGAAUAUAAAGGUAAUAUGUCUUAUGCGCCUUUUGUGUUAUUCCUAUAAAAUAGUCUCUUUCAACGUGUAAAUACUUAAUGGUAUAUGUCAUAAUAUUUUAUGUCAAGAGUCUUCCACUAUAAAAAUUUAUAAGGCACUUGAGAAUAUGAUUUAUAUUAAAUUGUUAAUUUUCAUCUAGUGAGUACGAUCUUCUAUAUUUAUGUACAUAUACACGCAUAAGUUUAAUUAAGUUUAAACCCAAGUUAUAUUCAAGUUUAUAGAGAAAGAAAAGAGGGCUCAUUCCAAAUGUUUUCGUUCCAAUCUCUGUUUUAUAUUCUAUGUGAUGGACACUUAUAUGAUGGAGUGCGCGCGCGCGUGCUCGUCUGUAUAUAUAUAUAACAUGUGUAUAUAUAAUAAUAUUCACAUACAUUACAUAUUCAAUAUAAAAAUAUAUAUUAAUAAUUUAAUUUAACGAUAAAGGUACCUUUUAUAUAGUCUGUUUAAAAUAUACAAAUAUGUUUAGUGAGUAAUUAAUUAAAUUUAAAUUCCAUAAGACAUAAUGUGUAGCUUGUAAAAAUUAUGAAUGAAUGGUGCAAUUAUAGAUUUAAUUACAGUAUUCAUAUUAUGAUCAGUUAAAUAGUACUUUAAAUAGUAAGACAGUAUUAUAGACAAUUUCGUUUAAUACUAUUCUUUACUGUAAUAAAUUUCAAAAAGGAUUAUUUUAAUAUUAUUUGUUUAAAACAUUAAAAAAAGCUUAACAACUUAUCAAUAACAUGCUUGUGAUUAACCAAACUUAAGAAUUGAAGUUUAUGUAGAAUCAUUGUUGAUCUUUUAAAAAUUAUUGCAUUUGUAAUAAAGUAUACUUAUUAUCGAAUUUGUACAAAAUUCGUUUUUAAAUUUUAUCAAACGAAUGAUUGCAUUUUUCUUAUCUUGUAUCUUUUUCAUUUAUAAAAUUAAGUUAAUGUUAAUUUUAUUUUUUAGUUGAAAAAAAUUAUUAAAAAGUAAAGAUUUUAUUAAUAUAUUCCAAGGAGAUAAAUUGUAUGUUAUUGUAUAAAGCAUAACAUAUUGUUUUACUACAUUUAUAUAUACAAAAGGUAUUUUAUAUAUUAUAAUGAUUUUGUUCAUGUUAUCUUUUUUUUUCAACAUGCAAUAUUAAAUAUGAUUUAAAUUAAUUAAUAUAAAGAGCAAGUUCUAAUACAAAAGCAACUCUAGAUGUUAAUGAAAAUUAUUUUUACUUUUUUUAAAUGUGCAUAGAAUCAUACAAAAGAUAUAAGUUGAUUUAUGAAUUGUACCUUUGUCUACAAUAGUUUUAGUUUCAAUGUAUUUCAAUUAUUUUUUAUGAAGUUGAUGUUAUAAUCUGAUCAAUGUAAUUAUUUUAUAUCUAUUUCUAUAUACGUUGUUUAAUCAAUAAUCGACGUAUGUUAUAUUAAAUAAAAAUCUCAUAUAUUUCCAUGAA